AUGCAGAAUUCUUAAAUUAUAAAUGAAUUGUAUAGAACAUAGAAAUUGAGCUUUUGUAUUUCAUUAUAUAAUAUACAUUUUCAUCAAUAUCAAAAAUCAUUUUAAUCAAUACUAAGUUUUGUAUCGAUUUUUCUGAUUUUUGAAGUAUUAAUAGUAGGAGCAUCAAAAAAUAAGAAUUAAAGUUACUUUAGUAGGGCUUAAACUUUUUCAAAGUUAAGUACACAUACAAUCUUGUAAUCCAAAUUAUUAUUAGAUUUAGGGAGAGUGUAUAUCAAAUUAGAUAAUAUGAACUACUAUGAACAAUCUAAAUAAUAAGUGGAAAUUUGUAAGUACAAUUAUAUACAAUUAUAAAAAGUUUCUUUUUAAGAGGAAUAUUGAAUAAGGAUAUAAGUUCUUUUAAAUUUAUAUAGAUACAUUGUUAAAAUGGAGAAAGUUUGGAUUUUGUUUCACAAUUAAUGCAUAGCCAUAAUGUAAGAAAAUUGGUUAUGUAAAUUGACAAAAAGAAAAUUUAAUGAUAGGAA